GGGAGCGCAGUUUAGACGUAUUUGCGUUGCACGGAUCCUUUUUGAAUGAGUGUGUGUGCUAUGAAUGCACCGAUUGUUGGAAUCAAGUAUCGUGCGUUCAUAUUUACAAAUAAAAUUGUGAAAUAAUACCCGAGGUAUCAAAUAUAACAACACACCACCUGCCAACCUUUUUCGCACGAGAGUGCAGGUUAAUUAGGCAAAAAGAGAUUGAAAUAAUCCGCAGUCACGUCUUCCGUUCAACGUUUUUCAGGGAGUUAUGGAUAGUGAACAGCAUCACUAUGAGCUGAGGAGUAGGAGUAGAUCAAGGUCACAUACUCCAAUGAUCUUUAAUCAGUUAAUGACAGAGUCUGAAUCGGCAGAACACCAUUAUGACUUGAGGAGCCGGGAGAGCAGGGAGAGAUCACACACACCCGGUGAAGUUACGAGCAGCAGACGAUCCGGAUCGAGAUCUCUACCUGGAAGCAGUGUGAAAACACGCGACAAAUCCAUGGAAACAAUAACCGAGAAUCGAGAGGAAGUGCAGGCAGAGAGAGUAAUGGAGAAAGACAGUUCGGCUCCUCCAACAAUAAAAAAAAUUGAACGACGCUCUGAGAGGCAGAGGGUAAAGAGACAAUUACUGACAAAUGGCCAGGGCGAGGCCAGGGAACGUCAGUCAAUUGACAAAAGUGAUCAGAACCGCAAGAGUGUGACACCAAAAAGGACAAUAACCAGUGACUAUUCGUCGGAGGAGGGAGAGCGAGAGGAUCCACCCAGUCGAUCAACUUCUGCUUACGAAAUAUACAAACAGGCUGGUGAUUAUUGGAAUGUCUUCCCAAAAACGGAUUACACGUACUCACCGGCAUCGCAAUGCCGCUACGAGAUUGCCCCCGGUGUUUUGGCAAUGCCUAAUAUGUCGAGACCGUCAAUACACUCGGAUGGCAGUAGUGCCGGUAGUACAUUGUCCCUCAAUCAACAAACAACGAGUCAAACGUCGUUUAGUACGAGGGAAGGAAACUCGGAUUCUUUGGACGCUGAAAUCAAUGAAUCCAUCGAGCAGAAUCGAUUGAAUGAAGAAAAUGCCAGAUUAUUCGCAGCUACAAUGAAGAGCGACAUGUCUUCGGCCGCGGGUUACAAACAAGUGCAUGUGGAACAGUUUACAAGGAGACGUGUGUUUUAUGAGGAGUCUGGCAAUAGGAGAAGAUUUGAUAGACUUGCGCAAGUUGAUUCGGACACUGAAUUGGACGAUGCCAUCAAGACGAAAUAUGCGAGUCGAGGGGAACGUUGGAGAGUGAGAAAGUGGUAUGAGAGCGUCAGGAGUGUCGUGGCUGUUUUGUUCCUCAGCAUCGUUGAGGUUGUGAGGGUGAAAAUACUCAGGAGGGAAACACCUUUCAAUACUAGUCAAGGGUAUUACCGGUUUGGAGAGUCAAAAUGGACAAGACUAUGGUCUCAAAUCGAUCACUACCUGCAGUAUUUAUACCUGUGGUUGAUAAGAGUACUUUACCUCGACACAUGGCUACUGAGUCGAUUCUCUAGGAUUCGAAAACGUAUCCUUGCACGUCCAUCGCAACUACUCUGGUUAAUUCUCUUACCACCUCUUCUCUUCGCUGGAUUUUGGUUGCUCCCCUACGCCCGGAGCUUAACAUUCCCGGGGUUUAGAACUGAUGUGGCGGGCGAGAUGGACAAGGCGACGGUGGAAGCUAAUGAAACGGUUCUGGAUGAGGAAAUUAGAAGGUCCAUAGCGCUUUUGAUUAAUCGAGUGGAGAAGCUUGAGAGUGCGGGAGUUGGUCAUGGGGAGCGACUAACGAACAUCACGGAGGCCAUUGAGGGAUUGAGAGGGGAAGAGAAAUCUGUCUGGGCACUUUACGAUGAAAAACUCUCAAAUCUGGAGCGAAAAAUAACCGACAAUAAACCUGACGAAACAACUCACAAUGAGAUAAACACAAUAAAACUGGAGUUCAAAAACCUCCAAGAGCUCUACGCACAACAGAAGACUUGCUGUGACAAGCCGACAAUAUCAAUCACCAAUGGCGACAUCGAGAGACGUGUCGAGGAAGUGGUAACUUCGUAUUUCGGCACAGGUGCCUUCAAAUCCGAUAUAACAAGAAUCGUAGAAGAGAUCGUCAAAGCUAAUACUCUAGCUCAAACUGUAGCGCAAGUAACCGAAAAAUCUACUACAGCCGACUGUCCCCAGCCGGCGGAGCCAGUCCCAGUUACCGAUGACCACAUCCGCUCCAUCGUCAAGGAAAUAUUGAAGAUUUACGAUGCAGAUAAGACGGGACGAGUGGAUUAUGCCCUCGAGUCUGCAGGAGGCCAGAUAAUAAGUAUCCGCUGCACUCAGCGUCACAAUGUUAACACAAGAGCCUAUAAAGUUCUGGGAUUCACUCUGUACUAUGAAAGUGGUGAUCCUAGAACAGUUAUUCAGGGUCGACCACUGCAGCCAGGUGUCUGUUGGGCGUUCCAGGACUUCCCAGGUUAUCUUUUGAUAAAGGUACGAGCGCCUAUCAAGGUCACCGGUUUCACCCUGGAGCAUGCCCCCAGGUCCAUCCUUCCGAACAAUGAAAUGAAGAGUGCACCAAGGAAAUUCAACGUCUGGGGACUGAGGGAGGAGAACGAUGCAGCCCCAGUGUCAUUCGGAGAGUACGAGUUCUUGGACAGUGAUGACAGUCUUCAAUACUUCCCUGUUCAAAAUAACGACAUUAAGGACGCCUAUGAGUAUAUUGAAUUGAGAAUUCAUAGUAAUCAUGGGCAGCUUGAGUACACGUGCUUGUAUAGGUUCAGAAUCCAUGGAGUACCGGUUUAAAAACAGUUUGCUAGGGGAAAAAGUAACAGCGCUGACCAAAAGUAUUUUGUUUUUUUAAAUCAUGCUGUGUACAUUGAAGUAGAGUAGUGGAGUGAUGAUACGUAAUAGAUGAAAUCCAUUUCUGUGACUUAUUGAAUAUUUAAUUGUCUUGAGAAUGGGGAUUUUGAGGGGAAUAUGGAGAGACUUUUUCUCUGUGGAAUUUAAUUCUCUUCAGAAAAGAAUUCUCGCCACUUUCUUCUAAAAUCAAUUGUUUUCGAGAUCAGGGCAGGAUUCAGUCGUGGAAACAGUUGAGGAAAUUCAACUUUGGGUCGAGUUUUUUGUUAAUAUCCACAAACCCAUGGGGGAUUGGACAAUUUCCAUCAAAAACGUUUCUACAGAGUGAGAUCAGAGCUACAACAAUAGUAUUGAUUAGAAUUUCCUUCUUGGAUUCAGAGAUAUUGACCAGCAGCAGAUAAUUUUUUCAUUCGAAAUGAGAACACACGUUUCUUACAGUAAAUUUAGAACAUUAUUCUGUUGGAGAAUAUGAAAGAAUGCAGCUGGUGUAGUCGAAAAACAGGAAGAUAUCUCUCUAAAUAAAAAAUAAGCCAUUUUGCUCUAUCAAUUUUCAAGGUACAGAAAAAAAAACUUUCUAUUUAAUCAAAUUAAUUCGUCUAAUGCCUUUCUUGAAGAUGAAAGGUGAAAUUCCCCUGAUCUUUCAAUCACAAUCGUCGUAAUUUUCAUAUCAUAAUGUUCUUAAACAGGAAAAAAUUGUUUCUGAAGCAAGAAUAAGGUUUUAAUUCUAGAACUGUCGACUAUUCAAUUUAAUUUUUCUUGAUUUGAGAAAAGUUUUGCUGUGUCUCGUUUCUCCAACGAAUUCCUCGAAUUUCAUCUGCUAUGGAUUGUCAUUCCUCCACUGACUAGACUCACACGUGCCUUUGAACAAAGUAACUAUUAAUAAUGCCAUAAUCAAUGUCAAUAGUCCAUAAUUCUGUAGAGAUCGCGUCAUUUUUUUUAGGAAUUAGGAAAUUGUACAAUUUUCAGCGUAAGCGCAACAUUUGUUUUUAUAUCGAAAGGAUCUUUAUAGUGUUCAAAACACGGACUGAAGUACUAUCAGCAGUUACCCAAAGCUAUGUAAAUUGUAAUUACCCACAAAGUACAAAUUAUUCUUGGAGAAAAAUGUGUUUUAGAGUCAUAAGGUAAUUUCGCUGGGGUUUUUCCAACGGGAUUCGCUGACAUCACGCUUUACUUUUUUUUUAUAAUGUGUUUUGAUGUUGCUGUAACUUUAAGAAUGUAGAUUUGACGUGCACUAGAGGUUUUAAAGGAUGAGACUCUGAUGACAGGACGCGGUGGGCCAGGCUUCCCUCUUUCAGACAUCUUCAUGUCAAUGAAAUUGAACAGAUACUUUUGUAAUGAAACUCUUCCCAGAUUUUUAUUUAAACGUUUCAGGAGAAUCUAGAUAUCUUGUGUUCCAAGUAGAAUUAUAUUUUGUGUAUAUGAUUGAUGAAUUAAUGCACUAUUAUCGUGCCUCUGAUUAUGUUUUAAGCUUUGUGAUAAUGCUUAUUUUUCGUGUUUUGUAUAGAAGAAAGAAACUCCGAAUAUUGUGCUUGCCCUUUUUUGUUAUGAACGUUUUAAUCGGGAGAGAAACAUGAUGGAUCUGAGUGGAGAUGUGUUACGUCGCAGACUAGAUCGGGGCAUAAUAUCAUUGUGGCUGACGGUACUUAAAUCAAGGGAUCGAGGAGACGUACCGUGAGAAUCUUGACAUUUUGUAAUUUGAAGUACUUUUUUCUCGUCUUGUCGAUUUAUGUUUGCCGAUUGCACGUAGGAGUCUAACGUUUUGUGAAUAAAAAAAUUAUCAAUGAA